CGGAAAUGGCGUCAACUGGAUUAGGGAAAGGCUCAACUGUCAGGGAAAAUGUACGGCUGAAAUAGGAAAUAACAAACUUGCUUUCAUGAAAAGAAACAUAAAAACAUUAUUCAUAAUAGUGAAUAAUGACGCUGUAUAUGUUUAACCCGUGUUUUUUUUACGUGAAGAGCAAUCUUGCAGGAGUCCAUUAAAUGAUGGCUAAUAUACGAACAACUAUGGAGAAUCUGAAACAAAGACUGAAGAUUGACCUCCUGAGAGAAGUUGGCCGUCAGUAUCCAGUUUUUUGUUUUGUUCUGAUGUUUAUGCUUUCGUCAACUAUACUUCUCAACCGGUAUCUACACAUUCUGAUGGUGUUCUGGUCCUUCCUGGCUGGUUUGAUUACAUUCUAUUGCUCCCUUGGCCCAGAAUCCCUGCUGCCAAACAUCCUCCUCACUAUAAAGCCUAGACACAAAAAAGAGGAACUACAGGAGUUAUUUCCAUCCGGGCACAGCUGUGCAGUGUGUGGGAAAGUCAAGUGCAAACGGCACAGACCAACGUUACUUCUUGAAAAUUAUCAGCCAUGGUUGGGCUUAAAAGUAUGCUCAAAAGUGGACUCUUCCAUAUCUGAGUUGCUUGAGUUGGUUUUGGAAAAUUUUGUGUAUCCUUGGUAUAGGGACAUCACAGAUGAUGAGGAUUGCGUGGAUGAACUGAGAAUGACCUUACGCUUCUUUGCGGCCGUUAUGAUUCGACGAGCUCAGAAGGUGGACGUACCCUCGGUUGUUGCUGGUAAAAUGAUGAAGGCGACCAUGAAGCAUAUAGAAAUAAUAUCAAAGGCCUGGGGAAAAGUGAGGAGCUCAGAGAGUCUACAGCAGGCUGCUCUGGAGGAGUAUGGCCCAGACCUGCAUGUGGCUCUCCGCAGCAGGAGAGAUGAGCUUCUCUAUCUGAGGAAGCUGGCAGAGAUGCUGUUUGACUACGUCAUGCCCCCUAAAGCCACUGACUGCAGGUCUCUGUCUUUGUUAUUGCGAGAGGUUAUGACAGGCUCUGUGAUACUCCCCACUAUGGACUUCAUGGCCGACCCAGAUACCGUGAACCACAUGGUGCUGAUAUUCAUUGAUGACAGUCCACAUGAAGCAGCCAGCGAGCCUUCCUCUGCCCUGGUUCCCUUCCUGCAGAAGUACGCUGACCCACGGAACAAGAAGGCAUCUGUUCUGAAGCUGGACCUGAAGGAGAUCAGAGAGCAGCAGGAUCUGCUGUUCCGCUUCAUGAACUUCCUGAAGCACGAAGGGGCCGUGCAUGUGCUGCAGUUCUGCCUCACUGUGGAGGAGUUCAACGACAAGAUCCUGUCUCCUGAUCUGAGUGAUGCUGAGCUGCAGAGGUUACAUGGGGAGGUGCAGCACAUCUAUGAGACCUACUGCUUGGAAGAGAGCAUUGACAAGAUCAGCUUUGACACCUUCAUUGUAGAGGAAAUACGCAACAUUGCUCACGGUCCAUACAUGGGCGUGGUCAAGUUGCAGACCAUGCGCUGCCUGUUUGAAGCUUACGAGCACGUCCUGUCUCUGCUGGAGGGAGUCUUCACCCCGCUGUUCUGCCACAGUGAUGAGUACUUCAGGCAUCUCCUCAGAGGGGUGGAGUCUCCGACCAGGAAUUCCAGAAUGAGCAGGAAUAGCCUGAGUUUCGAUGAUAUGAGAAACAUAUCAAAGCGGGGGGAGACAUUUGGAAUCAGCAGGAUUGGAAGUAAAAUCAAAGGAGUGUUCAAGAGCAAUACCUUGGAAGGGGCGAUGUUGCCCUCCUAUGCCAUGGUUGAUGCAGAGGAAGACCUGGUGGAGGAGGCCACAGUGGUUGUGGAGGAUGAGUCUCCUGCGGAAGCAUCCAGCAUCCCGGGGGUCCUGAGAAACCUGUCGGCCUGGAGCAUCUCCAUCCCCUACGUGGAUCUGUACGACGACGAGGCCAGGAGAGAGAGGGUCCCUGUGUUCUGCAUUGAUGUGGAGCGCAAAGACAGGAAGGAAGUGGGGCAUGAAACUGAGAAGUGGUCCAUCUAUAGGAGAUAUCUAGAAUUCUAUGUGCUAGAAUCGAAACUCACCGAAUUCCAUGGGUCGUUUGCGGACGCCCAGCUUCCUUCCAAAAGAAUAAUUGGACCAAAGAAUGUCGAGUUCUUGUCUUCUAAGAGGGAGGAGUUUGAGGAGUAUUUGCAGAGGCUACUGCAGCACCCAGAGCUGAGUAACAGCCAGCUGCUUGCGGACUUCCUGUCCCCACACAGUAUGGAAUCUCAGUUCCUGGACAAGAUGCUGCCUGAUGUUAAUCUGGGUAAAAUUUUCAAAUCUGUUCCUGGAAAGCUUAUGAAAGAGAAAGGGCAGAAUUUGGAACCAUUCAUCCAGUCUUUUUUCAACUCUUGCGAGUCACCCAAGCCCAAACCCAGCAGACCAGAACUGACCAUACUCAGCCCCACAGCCGAGUAUGAUAAGAAGCUCGUCAACAACCUGUUCAGGAACAAUGCAAAUCUGUCUGAGACUGUGGAGAGGAAGCAGAACCAGAACUACUUCAUGGAAGUGACCAUAGUUGAGGGAAUGUAUGAUUACAUGAUGUAUGUGGGUCGCAUAGUGUUCCACAUGCCCGAAUGGUUGCAUCACAUCCUCUCAGGAGCGCGGAUCCUGUUCAAGAACACAUUCGAGGCGUACAUGGACCAGUACAUGCAGAAGAAGCUGGAGAGGGUUCUCCAGGAGCACCGUUUGGUGUCUCUCAUCACCCAGCUCAGAGAUGCUGUGUUCUGUGAGAACAGUGAGGAACGCUACACAGAAGACAAGCAGAGGAGAGCCAAACAGACCUUUGAAGAGAUGAUGAGAUACUUGCCAGACAUUGUGGUUAAGUGCAUCGGCGAGGAGGCCAAGUUUGAAGGCAUUAAGCUUCUGUUUGAAGGUUUUCAGCAGCCACUGCUCAACAAGCAGAUGACUUACGUUCUGCUGGAUAUUGCUAUUCAGGAGCUCUUCCCAGAGCUCAACAAGACUGGUAGACAGAGUGAAUCCACAGACUGGUGGACAGAGUGAAUCUGGUCACGGGAGUGAAUGGAUCUAAAGCACAGCUGCUUUAGCUGAAGAACAUAGGUUCAUAGGUUAACUAAAAGGAGUUGCAGUACACUAACAAAUGCUGAUGUCCCUGGGACCAUAUCAACAUUCCAAUGUAAAGUAAUCCACUAAUAAAUAUAUUUAUUGAUUUGA